UUGCGCAGGCGCGGCAGCCGGCGCGGCUGCCCUUCGCCAAGAUGGCAGACGACAGUGAUACAGCAGUGAGGCGGCCGUCAGGGGAGGAGGAGAACGACCAGCAGCACUGCAGCGACUGCGAGAAUGAGGACGAGCACAACUGCAACCGAGGUGGCUUAAGCCCAGCUGAUGACAGUGGGGGUAAAAAGAAGAAAAAGAAACAGAAACGGAAGAAGGAAAAGGCGGAUCAAGUUGAUUCGGCCCAAGAUCAGACAGUAAAGGUGACUUUGCCAGCAGAAAGGAUGCAGGAGAUUCAAAAGGCCAUUGAGCUGUUCUCCGUAGGACAAGGGCCUGCCAAGACAAUGGAAGAAGCCACCAAACGCAGCUAUCAGUUCUGGGACACACAGCCAGUCCCCAAAUUAGGAGAAGUAGUGAACACUCACGGACCCGUUGAACCAGACAAGGACAACAUCCGUCAGGAGCCCUACACUUUGCCUCAGGGUUUUAUGUGGGAUGCUCUGGACUUGGGGGAUCGAGGUGUGCUCAAAGAGCUGUACACUCUCCUGAAUGAGAACUAUGUGGAAGAUGAUGACAACAUGUUCCGGUUUGAUUAUUCACCAGAGUUCCUCCUGUGGGCUUUGCGUCCCCCAGGCUGGCUGCCCCAGUGGCACUGUGGUGUGAGAGUCAUUUCCAGCAAGAAGCUGGUUGGCUUCAUUAGUGCUAUCCCGGCUGCUAUACACAUAUAUGACACGGAAAAGAAGAUGGUAGAAAUAAACUUCCUCUGUGUGCACAAGAAACUGCGUUCCAAGCGGGUGGCCCCUGUGCUGAUCCGGGAGAUCACCCGACGGGUCCACUUGGAGGGGAUUUUCCAGGCUGUUUACACUGCCGGUGUGGUACUGCCAAAGCCUGUUGGUACCUGUAGGUACUGGCACCGGUCCCUGAAUCCGCGCAAGCUGAUUGAAGUAAAGUUUUCCCACCUGAGCAGGAACAUGACUAUGCAACGCACCAUGAAGCUCUAUCGGCUUCCGGAGACUCCAAAGACCCCAGGGCUGCGGCCGAUGGAGCAGAGAGACAUCCCUGCUGUGCACAAACUUCUGGCUGAGUAUCUGAAGCUGUUCAACUUGACCCCUGUCAUGAAUGAGGAUGAGGUGGAGCACUGGUUUCUACCCCAGCCCAACAUCAUAGACACAUUUGUAGUUGAGAACACCGAUGGGGAGGUGACCGACUUCCUGAGUUUCUACACCCUUCCCUCCACUAUUAUGAAUCAUCCAACCCACAAGAGCUUGAAGGCAGCCUAUUCAUUCUACAACGUUCACACCAAGACACCACUUCUCGACCUCAUGAAUGAUGCCCUUAUAUUGGCUAAGAUGAGGGGCUUUGAUGUUUUCAAUGCACUGGAUCUCAUGGAGAACAAGACCUUCCUGGAGAAGCUGAAAUUUGGGAUUGGAGAUGGAAAUCUGCAGUAUUAUCUCUACAAUUGGAAAUGCCCCAGCAUGGGGCCAGAGAAGGUUGGCCUGGUGCUGCAGUAACCAGUAAUCUCUGGAGAAGUGCUGGCAAAGCCGCUGAAGACGGGCUAGAGUGGAACUCCUGGCCGUUGCCGUUCAGAUGUCUAUGGAAGUGCAACCCUCCUGCGGAGGAGCUGGCGACCCCCUACACUGGCCAUGCGGACCGUCCACUGACACUUCUGAUGAUUGUACCAUGCGCCACGGAGUGCGCCGACAUGUUAGCAUCAGCACUUGGCCUCCCCUCCCCACCCCUCCCCACCCCGUACAACCACGAUCAAGGGAAUGUAACUGCUGAGAAACUAGCUCACAAUUGGCAUAUAUUGGAGUUAACGGGUGAAUAAUAAUAAAAAAUAUAUAUUCUAUACUUUAA